GGCUCCAAAGCUCUUUAUAAACCACGCCUGGGUCACCUAGAAAGUCAUAGCUCUUGCAAACUAGGAGACGGAAAGCUAAGUGCUGCUCAAAGAGAAUAUUCUGUCUUUUAAACUAUCUCUAUUUUACUUGUUUUUCCUUCAGUACUAUGUGGAAAGCUGUGGUACUGGCUGUGUGUCUGCUGGUUGCUGGGGUUCAGCCCAUGGACAACCCAACAUAUGGGGUGAAGCUAUGUGGCCGUGAGUUUAUCCGGGCAGUCAUCUUCACAUGUGGAGGCUCACGAUGGAGACGGUCAGUCAGGAGUGCAGAUGUUUCCGAGGACCUAUUCAGCUCCCGCCAGGAGGAGUCCUCAGAGGGCUUGAUUCACAACUCCGUUGUGGAGAGUUUCCUCCAAAGAAACAUAGAGCCAAGCUUCACACCCAGAGACAACCCGGAGGGAGUGUUCAGCAGGCCGGCCCGUUCUUUCAUCACAGAGGAGAUCCUGGAAGCCCUUCGCAAGGCUGACCGCAAGGGCCGGGAUGUGGUGGUGGGCCUUUCCAACGCCUGCUGCAAGUGGGGCUGCAGCAAGAGUGAGAUCAGCUCCCUUUGCUAAGAGUUGACCUUUGCCAUCUGAGUGAAUACACACACACACACACACACACACACACACACACUGUAUACACACACACACACACACACUGUAUACAUACAAAAACCCUGUUUUCCAUUUUCUGUGAGUCUUAUAGGUCAUUUUAUAGCCAGUGCCUUUCAGUUAAACUGCCACAAAAUUAAUUUUGUCAUUAUAUUUUUCUUGUUUUAUUUUUUAGUAUAUAUGAAGUAGGAAAAGGGCUGCCAUGUGUUCAAAAUGUUUGUAUAUGUUUCUGUUAAAAAUGUAUUCUGGGCUAUGUAAUGAACAGCCUUACUUAUUCAUUCUUGGAAAGUUGUUUUGUGCUUCCCAACUACUAUCAUACACAUUGUAAUAAACUCUUUUCUUGUGUGCCUGAGAAUUCAACAGAA